ACAAAGGAGUUGUUCCAGAGAUUUACUAUAAAAACACACCUUUAUGAUCUGACAGUCAGUGUUACAAAAAGGUAAAAUGGCUCAGAGAAUAACCAAAUUGAAAGCGGAAAAAAUCUCCUGCUCCAUCUGUUUGGAUCUACUGAAGGAUCCAAUGACUAUUCCCUGUGGACACAGCUACUGCAUGAAAUGCAUUAAGAACCACUGGGAUGGAGAAGAUGAUCUGCGGAGGAUCUACAGCUGCCCUCAGUGCAGGAAGACUUUUAUAACACGGCCUGCUCUUCAGAAAAACUUUGUGUUGUCUGCUUUAGUGGAAGAUCUGAAGAGGGCAGACCUUACUCCUGUUGAUGACUGCCAUGCUGGACCUGAAGAUGUGGCCUGUGACGUCUGCACUGAGAGUAAACUGAAGGCUGUUAAGUCCUGUCUGGUCUGUUUGGCAUCUUAUUGUAAAGGCCAUCUGAAACCUCACUACAAUGCUCCACCAUUAAAGAAGCACAAACUGGUGGACCCCUCUAAGAAGCUCCAGGAGAACAUCUGCUCCAAUCAUGAUGAGGUGAUGAAGAUCUUCUGUCGUACUGAUCAGCAGUGUAUNCAGUUCCUGUGCACUGGCCGCGACCCCGACAAGGACUAG